AUGGCCAUGGUGAUACACGAGGCACCACGCACACCCACUGGAAGCCCGCAGGAGCUAGACCCCAGAACCGUGGAGGAAUCAAGGGCGGAACAUGUGGAAGAAAUAGAGGAGGUUGAAGUCAUGGAGGAACCGAUGAGGAAAUUGAAGGUAGGAAAAAGCCUUCAGAAUAACGUGAAGGAGAGGCUGAUAAGGGAUGAAGAGUGUGAAGAAGCGUUUAUCAAGUUGAAGGAGCACUUGGGGAAGCCACCCCUGCUGGCAAAACCUGAAAAGGGUGAAAGGCUAUACUUGUACCUGGCAGUGUCCGAACAUGCUGUAAGCACGGCUUUGGUUAAAGGGGAGAAGAAGCAUCAACGACCCGUGUACUAUGUCAACAAGCGGUUGGUGGACGCGGAGAGUCGAUACUCUGAGAUUGAGAAGUUGGCAUAUGCAUUAGUGGUUGCUUCAAGGAAGUUAAGACCCUACUUCCAUGCCCAUGCAAUCGAAGUUCUCACUAAUAGUCCCCUGAGACAGACGAAUGGAGGAAGAAGUGAAGAAGAGGGGCAGUCAGUUGCAGAGGGGGAGACGAGGAGUGUUGAGGGAUGGAGCCUGCACGUGGAUGGGGCAUCCAACGAAGGAGGAUCUGGAGCAGGCAUCGUGAUGACUGGACCCGAAGGACUCAGGAUGUACUGCGCAAUACGGUUUGGAUUCGAAGCCUCGAACAAUGAGGCAGAAUACGAGGCGCUUUUGGCAGGACUGCGAGUGGCCCAGGGGCUGAAGGUAACACAUCUACACAUCUUUAGUGAUUCACAGUUGGUGGUAUUCCAAGUGAAAGGGGAGUACCAAGUGAGGGGACCCAAGAUGGCUGCAUACUUGGAAAGGGUAAGAAGCUAUUUGGAGCAAUUGGUGGAAUAUAGCAUCGAGCAGAUCCCAGGAGAGAAGAAUACCCACGCAGACGCCCUCGCAAAGCUGGCUUCCACUAGAGAUGGAGAUACCCUCAAAUCAGUGCCUGUAGAAUACUUACCAAGGCCAAGCAUUGCCAAUCCAGAUGUUCACAUGUUCAAUGCCCCGAAGGAGUCGUGGGCUAGCCCGAUUAUAGACUAUCUGAAGGAUGGAAUGGUGCCAACAGACAAGAGGGAGGCUAGAAGACUAGUUUACAAGGCAGCCCGAUACACCUUGGUGGAUGGGGUCCUAUACAAGAGGAGGUUUUCUAUGCCACUCUUACGGUGUGUUGAUGAUAAAGAAGCUAUGAAGGUGUUGUAUGAAAUACAUGAGGGUGAAUGUGGCAACCAUGCAAGUGGACCGUCCACGGCUCGGAAAGCCAUGAGGCAAGGGUACUAUUGGCCUUCCAUGGAAAGAGAUGCUAAUGAUUUCGCAAGGAAAUGUGACAAAUGCCAAAGGUUCGGAGUGCCCUACAAGAUUAUUUCUGACAACGGCACUCAAUUUGAAGGGGGAGUGUUCGAGGAAUACUGUAGGGAAAAGGGCAUAAGGAGGAGCUUCUCGGCCGUCGUGCAUCCACAGGCCAAUGGGCAGGCGGAGGCCAUUAACAAAGUCCUAAAGAGAAACUUAAAAACAAAACUAGAGAAGAUGAAGGGUGCUUGGGUCGAGGAGUUACCGAACGUGCUUUGGGCCUACAGAACCACUCCCCGCACUACCACUGGAGAAACCCCAUUCUCCUUAGCAUAUGGAUGUGAGGCUGUCCUCCCGAUUAAGAUAAAGAUUAACUCGCACAGGAUACAGGCAUACGAGGACCAGGUCAACCAUGCGACAAUGGCUAAAAUCUUGGACAUGCUGGAGGAGAGAAGGGAAAAGGCGCAAAUGAGGGUGGCGUCCCCGCCAAGAUAA